CAAAACAUUAUUCGCCUCAGGGAGAACAAGAAGAAAAGAAUGUCAGAAAUAGAAAACAAAAAGCCAGAAGUAGAAGAAGAAGAAUCAUCAGCCACUACUACUACGACAUGGCCGGAUAUCGAAGAAGAACUAGUGAUACCCGAGGUUUUACAUAGCGAAGGCGUGAAGAAACUUCACAUGAGCAUUCAAACCGAGUGGGAUUACCUUCAGAAGUCUGCUUGCCAAACCGCUGCAGGAAGAGCAUUGUGGAAACAUGUCAUUCAUGAUCCACUUGCUCAUUUGUUUGCUGGAGAGACACAUUUGAGAAACCUACACACAAAGAUUCAGACUGAUAGGCUCAACAAUGCUCGAGAGGUGUCCGGUGUGAUUCUAGCAGUUCGAACUCUCUGGUUUGACACAAGGAUUCAGGCUGCUCUGGAUUCUUUCGACAAUGAUGCAGCGCAGGUCGUUCUACUCGGUGCAGGGAUGGAUGCGAGAUCAUACAGACUAAGCUGCUUGAACAAAACUGACGUAUUCGAAGUGGAUUUUCCUGAUGUCUUAGAAACGAAAACGAGCCUAGUUCAAGCUGCAGUAAAAGCCAGAGAGGAGCUUAAGAUGACGGCGAAGUCACUAGUCAGAGUAGCAAUCGAUAUCAGAGACAAUCAUUGGUUUGAAAAACUUAAGAAAUCGGGUUUCAUGCCAGAGGUAAACACGGUAUGGGUUCUCGAAGGCAUUCUCUAUUACCUAUCUCACACAGAGGCAAUGCAAGUACUAAACCUCAUAGCUGAGAAGUGUGCACUCACCAGCACAGUUCUCUUGGCGGAUUUCAUGAACAAACCGUCUGCUACGCUGCCAAACUCUGUGUUCCACUUCUACAGUGACUGGCCUGAUCAGCUCUUACCAUCUUUGGGGUUCUCUCAUGUCAGCCUCUCACAGAUUGGUGAUCCAGAUGCGAAUUUCGGUCUGCUGCACGACCCACGGAAUCUCUUCAACAAACUUCUUCGCCUGCCAAGGUCUGCACAGAUCCACCCAGACGAUGGAACACCGUGCUGCCGCUUAUACUUGGUCGAAGCUUCUGGUUCACCGCCUCCAGAUAAUCCCAUAGAGAACAUGUAAGCAUGUAAAAGCUCAUUCAACAAAUGCAUGUGGCACUGCACACUUUUGCAGAACAUGUAUAUGCUGAGUCUUUCACACCAUAGAAACUGUGUAGGAGAUUGUUGGUCAUUUGAUGUAUAAACCAUUGAUAUA